ACUCAUUUUACGUGGCGCGCAAAGGCAAACCGCAGUAUGAUAAAUAUCGAUGUAAAACAAAACUCAGUCUCGUCAACAAGAUUCAGUUUUCUUGAAUUGCGUCGUCGGUAAAAGUGCUAAGUUAACCGGCGCCGACUGGACGUUAGCGAUGGUGCCUGACUUAGCAAGGAAAUAGCCGUUUGUGAUUAUCCCUUACACACCCUGUAUUUGAUUACUUUGACCAACAUGAACAGAACCAAGCUGAAACUUCCCAAGGUGUCACCAGGACAGAGAGCCAUCUCUACUUUCUUUACCUCUGGAAACAAGGCUCUACGUCCUAAGUCACCAGGGACGACGUGCUCUGUGCUUUGCAAGACGGACGUGCAGGUGCAAAAUGAAGGUGUCGUCGCCAAUGAAGUAUACUCUCCCUUAAAGAGAAGCGUCCUUGGGGAUAUCGAGAACUUUCUCCCCUCCUCUCCAGACCAGGUUCCCGAGACCCCGAGUAGUCAGAUGAUUGCUGACGUUAAAGUGCUGAGCCUUGAGCCAAAGACAGAAUCAUCUACUUUGUGCAAUCCUGUCCACUUGUCCCCUGUCUGUCAAAGUCCUCGCUCCAAAGGGCUGAGUGUAAUGUCAGACCGUGAAAGCGUGAACUGUGGCUCAUUCAAAAGGUUCUUCAAUCCUGAAGAUCUCCCUGAAACAAAGAGGCCAAGAACUGCUGAAGCAUUGGAACACAGCCCCAAGAAAGAAAACACACAUGGGAGAGAGACUGUUUUUACUGCCAUAAUUAAGCAGAAGAAGACAGAAAGCAAAAGCGUAGGGAUCCAUGUGCACACUCCUGAUGUACAAAUUGACACACUUGCAGCACAGACGCAUAUAGAGGAAGAAGAGGCUGACACAGUGGAGAAAGAGACAAAAACAGCUUUGGAGUAUUCAGAUGUGGCCGAGCACAAACUGAAAUCAUCCAACGAGAAGCCAGCAGAAGGUGAAAAUGGGACCACGUCAGCAUUUCCCGUGGAGGAGGAUCUGGAAGAAAGCUGGUUCACACAGCAGAUGGAGCCAAGUGAUUGUCCUGUCCCCAGGGAGAAAGCCUGGAAGUUACCAGAUCACCUGAUCCUCUGUGGAGGUCUAAACAACCGCUACUGGGUUUUAAACGUGGAGGAGAGGCCUGAUCAAAAAAUCCUGACCAUCACACACUCCAGAUCUCUACAACCCACCGAGACGUGUCUGCUGAAAGACGGGUGGGAGAUGACGCCUGUUGGUUGCGGCGACGUGGUCCACCUGGAGGGCAAAGCUGAGGCUGGAUCCUGGGUGGUGGACCAAGAACACGGACUGCUGGUUUUACUGCCAGACUAUCUCAUUUCAGGCACCAGCAUCUCCAAUUCCAUUCGCUGUAUGAGGCGGGCAGUGCUCGGGGAGAUGUUUAAGAGUUUUGACGGCGGCUCCAAGCAGAUGCUGAACGGCACCAUCGUCCACGAAGUGUUCCAGAGAGCAGCCACAGCGAAAGAUUUCUCUCUGGGCACUUUGUCGACCAUGGCUGAGGAGGCUCUGCACAGUCCCCAGUACCUUGGGGACAUGUACAGUUUGGGUGUAACCCAGAAUGAGAUGAAGCAGGAGCUGCAUGAUUACCUGCCCUCAUUGGAGCUCUGGGCAAAGGAAUACCUCAACUCGCCAACAUCAAAAGUCAUCAGCCUCAAAAUGCCAAGAAAUAGCGGGGUGGUAGCAGGAAGAACACAUGACUCUGCCACCGCUACGAUUGCAGAGUUGGCCGACAUCGAAGAGAACGUGUGGUCGCCGCGAUUCGGCCUCAAAGGCAAGAUUGAUUUGACGGCACGGGUUCGAAUCCAUAGGACCCCAAACGUUAGCCAAAAACCUUCUGAAGUGAUGACUAUCCCCUUGGAGCUGAAAACUGGAAGGGAGUCGAACUCGAUAGAACAUCGCAGUCAGGUGAUUCUGUACACGCUGAUGACGUUGGAGAGAUACAAUCCCGCAGCCGGUUUCCUGCUUUAUCUGAAGACUGGAAAACUGCAUGCUGUUGUGGCCAGCCACAUGGACCGUCGAGAAUUGCUGAAGCUGAGGAACACCAUGGCCCAUUACGUCCACAACUGCGUGCAGAAGGGCGUGGAAGGAAGUCGCCUGGCCCGACUUCCUGACAUGGUGACGGACAAAAAGACCUGCCAUUAUUGCCCUCAAAGAAGAAACUGUGCUCUGUAUGAAAGGGUGUUGGAAGGCACAUCCACAGAUCUCAGUGAUGACUUUAUGCAGCUGGAGACAGGUCACCUGACUGGCACGCACUUGGAUUAUUUCGCCCACUGGCUGCUGCUGUGCAGCCUCGAGGCCGCCAGCAUGGAGGCCAAGAAUGGCCGAAAGCGUGUGUGGCUUCAGACGCCCGAGGAAAGCGAGAAGAAAGGAAGCUGCAUCGGGAACCUUCAUCUGAUCGGCUCUGCAAGUGUGCAGCCAUCGGGUGUUUUCCUUCAUCAUUUCCAGCGGGGGAACGAGACGCACGAGUCAAGCGGUUGCGGCCUGGCCAGCGGCGAUCGCGUCGUCCUUAGCGACCAGGGAGGUCAUUUCAUCGCCAUGGCAACAGGCUACCUCUGUGAUGUAAGCAAAACAUCCAUCAGUUGUACCUUGGACAGGGAUCUGUCAAAGCUCAUGGAGGAAACGUUUCGAUUGGAUGCUGACGAAGGAGUGAUGGGUCUCAGCACUCAUCUCACCAAUCUCUCCAGGCUGAUGGAAAGCAGCCAAGACAGUAAUCGUCUGAGGGAGUUGGUUGUGGAUCAUCGUUCUCCGGAGUUUAUUUCCAAUCUUAGUGAUGUCCUACCCAGAGAAGCCAAAGACACGGUGGCAAACAUCCUCAAAGGUCUCAACAAGCCCCAGAAACAGGCCAUGAAAAAGGUGCUGUUGUCUAAAGACUACACACUGAUUGUCGGCAUGCCCGGCACAGGCAAAACCACCACCAUCUGCACCCUGGUUCGCAUCUUACACGCGUGCGGCUUUAGCGUGUUGCUAACCAGCUACACCCACUCUGCUGUCGACAACAUCCUGUUGAAGCUGAAGCGCUUCCAAAUUGGCUUCCUGCGUCUUGGCCAAGGGCAGAAGGUUCACCCUGAUAUCCUUCCAUACACGGAGGAAUGCGUCAGGAAGAAAGGAGUCCACACACUGUCAGAACUGGAGCAGCUUUAUAACAAAGAGCUGGUAGUGGGAACAACUUGCAUGAGCAUCAAACAUCCCAUUUUCACAAGACGGCGCUUUGACUUCUGUAUUGUGGAUGAAGCGUCGCAGAUCAGCCAGCCCAUCUGCUUGGGCCCGCUGUUCUACGCCAAUAGGUUUGUCCUGGUUGGCGACCACCAGCAACUGCCCCCAAUUGUGCGUCAUCAGGAAGCAAGGUCGCGAGGGAUGGAUGAGAGUCUGUUCAAACGACUCGAGUGCCAUAAUGAAGCUGUGGUCCACCUCAAUGUCCAGUACCGCAUGAACAGGCAGAUCAUGUCCCUGAGUAACUGUUUGAUGUAUGACGGCCGCUUGGAGUGCGGCUCGGAGCGGACGGCGUCGGCUCUCCUCUCGCUGCCCUCGCUGUCGUCUGUCCUGUCGGAGCUCGGCUUUCUCCCUGACGUGCGCCUCCAGCAGGAUCUGGAGUGGAUACGGGUCAUGUUGUUACCUAGCAAACCUGUUUGCUUCCUGGAUUGCUCGGUGGUGCCAGCUUUGGAGUCGAUGCUACAUGGAGGUAUAAGCAAUCGCACUGAGGCGGCCAUCAUUCACCUCCUUUUGUCACUAUUGAUAAAGGCCGGUUGUAAGGCCAGUGACAUAGGCGUCAUCGCCCCCUACAGACAACAACUGAAGACUGUCUCAACUCUGCUGAAGUCAUCUGCGUUUAGUGGCGUGGAGGUAAACACGGUCGACAAAUAUCAAGGACGGGACAAGAGUGUCAUCGUGCUCUCAUUCGUCAGGAGUACCACUGAAGAAGAAAACCUGGGAGAGCUGUUGAAGGACUGGCGCCGCCUGAACGUUGCCAUCACCAGGGCCAAACACAAGCUGCUCAUGGUGGGCUCUGCGUCCACGCUCAGACGAUACAGCCCCAUUGAGAAACUACUUCGCCAUCUGGAGCAGGAGAACAUGGUAAUCCAGCUCCCUCCGUCGGCCCACAAAGCCUUUCCCAUGAUGCUCCUGUGAUCACCUCGACGUCCGCAGCAAUCGAAUGCCGCCUCGCCGGUCACAGUGCAGUAACAGAUGUCUUUACAGUACCUAGCAUCUUCAAUUAAAAAAAAUAUACUGAUACAUAGUUUAUAUUUGUGCUCACAAUCGUGAAUCAUUGUGGGGUUUUUAAUCAACUAAUUUAACUGGGUAAUGUAAUUAUUAUUUUUUUAUCAUUACAAUGUGAUUACCCCCGUUAACCUGACACUAUUUCAUACUUGAAUACAUUUGAGUGAAACACACUCAUCUGUAAAAACGUUAAAGUGUUGUACAGUAACUGUAUAAUUUAUAUUUUCGGUCAUUUAAAUGGUACAUAUGGAAUUUGAAAAGACAAGAUGCUAAAGAGGAAGGGCAAUAAGAACUGACAUGCUUUGGUUUCAACUUGAAGGUUUAAUUAGAUUAAGUCAAACAUCUAAUGUGAUGAUAAUUAAGAUUACUGACAAUGUAAUUCUACAAAUGUUUUUUUUACCUUUCCGCCCAUUUUUGUAUAAUUGGGUCGUCUGUAAUUUUAUCUGUCCUUUUGUCUUUUUUUGUCACCUAUUUGAAUAAUAAAAUUAUUGAUAAAACAUGA